UUUUGAGUCUUGACUUCUUAUGAGUUAUGACCAAAAACCACGCUGUUGUUAUUUGUAAUUUGUACUACCUAAAUUGUUUAGAAGUUUUUAAAACAUUUUUCACUACUAACUACAUAAAUUAAAAAAUAAAUAUCUUUUAAAAUGUAUUUGCGAUACUUUUUAAAUGAGAAUGGUGACCGCCAGUACACGUUAGCCACAAUAGAUCCCAGUGGAAAGCCAACCUUAUCAGCACAUCCAGCUCGCUUUUCCCCAGAGGACAAAUAUUCAAGACAACGAAUAAUUAUCAAAAAACGAUUUGGUUUGCUAUUGACUCAACAACCUGAACCAAUACGAUGAUUACUUACAACUCUUUACAACUUAUUUUAAGGAAUAAAUGCAUUAUAUAUAAGUA